AUGGAGUACUUGGAAAAAGAAGUAGACGGAGAGUUCUAUGACGCUGGCAUACAAAAGCUUCCAGAUCGACUACAAAAAUGUCUCGAUAUGAACGGAGCAAAGCCGGCCUACCCGUCAUCCCAUAUGACUCCCGAGCAACUCCAAAACCUUUUGCCAUACAAGAAGUCUGAAGACUCGAUACAUUUUAGCUUACCAAAUAAUUUUGUUCCUGGGUCUAUAGCUUUCGCUAACUUUCCUGUUAGACCAAACAUGCGUAAAUAUACGAUUAAACCGUACAGUAGAAAAGUUAGCCUCCCGUCCAACUGGUUUCAAAGCGAAGCAAAAAGGAUUUACGUGAAAAAAACAAUGAAUUUAUACCACUGGACACAGCCUGAAUUACCCACAGAAACUGUUCGAAAAUUGGUUUCGAACAGUUGGGAUAACAUGCCCGAAGAGGAAAAACAAGUAUACGAAAAACAGGCGAACGGAGAGAAUGGACCGUUGAUGGUUCAUCCACAUUUGUCACUUAUGUACCAGUACGGACAGCUGGGAAAGUUGAUCAAACAAUGAAAGGAUCGUCGUGAAGGAGUCUUAUUUAUUAUUGAUAAUA